AUGCAACCAGUGAAUUCAACACCGAAACGCGGUCAUCCACUAGAUGAAAGUGGAGGUUCGAUCAGCAAUGGAAGAGGUCUCCGUAAAUAUCCUCGAAGGGGUAUUGACAAUAAUGCACAUAAGCACUCACAUAAUGUACAACCAGAAAUUAAUUUACAAACACAGCAACCAUCGUCUUCGAUGUCGUCAGAUGUAAGACAACAUCAAGAGAUAAAUCAAGAUAAUACGAAUCGUAAACGAAUUUCUUUUAAUCAACUGAAGCACGCGGUAUCGUCUAAUUUACCAUGUUUCUUUAUUGAAUUCACCUCGGAUGCGGAUCGUAAUAGUAUUCCAACAGCUCUUCAUGCAAGUGAUCUUAUACUGAAAGAACUGCAAACCAAUGGUGUUUUAAUCAAUAGAUUUACAUUAGUAGGAUGGGCAGGAAAAAAGCUAAAGUUAGGUGUUAAUAAUAAAGAAGAUUGCGCUACUCUCGUCAGUUCGGAUAAAUGGCCAACAAAGAUAAAUGGAAUUGAUAUUGUGGUCGUGAAACCAAAAUAUAUACCUGAUUCAUUCACUCUUGUCGUCCGUUAUGUACCUAGGGAAUUAGAUGAAAAUUUUGUUUCAAAUGAAAUUCAGCGAACAAUUGCUUCUGCAGAUCGUAUUAAACGUAUUCAUUAUUCAUACCAAAGAAGAACAGAUGAUUAUCGAUUCGAAGUGAAAGAUUAUCGUGAAUAUAAUGCUGUGUUGCAACUGAGUCGAAUUGCAAUAGGUCAUUCGUGGUUAUCGAUCACCAAGUUUUAUCCGGGAAAUCGUUUAACGUACUGCACGAAAUGUUGGCGUAUUGGUCAUUUGAGGAACAAAUGCAGCUCAGAAAGCAAAUGUCGUAUUUGUCUUGAAAGUCUGAAUGUCAAUACUCCUCAUAUGUGUAAAAAUGUACCGAAAUGUGCUCAAUGUGAUGGAGAUCAUCAUUCGUUGGAUAGUCAAUGUCAAGUUUUAAAAGAAUAUAAAGAUCAAUUAAAGGAAGAUGUCGAAGAUGCCAUACAAAAAGGACUAUUACAGCGAUUCUCACCGCAAGAGAAAGCACCUACAUUUGAACGUCGAGAGCAAGACUUUCCACCAUUAGCAGCAAGUGAUAAUCAUUCCAAUAAAAAAUGGAAUACUGCGCUACCACGUACAACUGUUGAGUCGAAUGACUUACGAGCAUCAUAUACUGAUAAAACAAUUGAAUCCAUCAAUGAUAAUCUGACAAAGCUAAUCGAUAGUAACAAACGGCUUGAAAAUAAAGUUGAUCUAGUAUCAUCAAGUAUAAAAACCGUUACUCUUGAUAUUCAGCUACAUCAAGCAGUCUUAGCAGAUACUAUCAAUAUUAUGAAAGACUUCAUGCAAUAUGUUAUACCAGCAUCGUUAACUGCUAGCAAAGUUGAAAGAUCAUCGUUGGUACAAGUCACGAGCGAAUACUACAAGCGUCUUCAUGUCGCGUCCUCAAGAUUAAUAAAUGGUUUCCAAUUAAAUCAAUUAAAUCAGCAAGUUGAACUGUUUGUGCAUAAUACUAACAUUGAUCAACACUCUGCAUCAGUUCACAAAUCUUCACAGAAUGAUAAUCCUAAAGAUGAAGCUAUGCACCGGCUGAAAACUUGGAAUUUUGCACCUAAAGAUCAGAAAUUAGUAUUAUCUCUUUUAGAUGAAUGGUACACGGGUAGAACCUUGAACACAGUCUUAGAACAAUGGGGAAAUGUUGGAAUAGCUCCUUCACAAACCCAAAAAGAACAUAUUAAGAUCCUAUGUUAUAAUGUCGAAGGUUGGGGUACGCGUGCGCUUGAAGCUAUUGAUUUAGUGUAUCAAAUUCAAGCUUCUAUUGGUAUAUUUACUGAAGUUGGUGAGUUAUGGAACAUGAGCCGAUUACCACAUUUUAACACGUUCUAUCAAAAGGGAACUAACAAGAAUGGAGGAGUAUGUAUAGCAGUAGGAAAGCAUCUGAAAGCGACGCGCAUUGAGGUUAACAUUCCGAACACAGUUGUCAUUGAUAUAACAGGUCUAUCAGAACCAGUACGUAUCAUUGGUAUUUACUGGCCCACUAGUCAAGAGCGUGAUCUUGAUGAUAUCUUGCCUUAUGUCGUAGAAGGUACCAUACUAUCAGGUGACUUUAAUGCAACAGUCAAGGAAUGGAAUAGUCCAAUAACUGAUAGAAGAGUAUGUAAAAGUGAUAAAAAUCUACCUGUGAUGAAUGGAUUUCGUCAAGUUUCUUCAGCUAGUUUUAACAAAACAAGUAUGACCGCUUAUACAUAUCGUAUGGAAAAAUAA